UGCCCUGGCGCUUGUUAUCCCUUCCCGUCCCGGCAGUUGAAGCUGAUGCCAGGCGGGGUGGCCUUCCUCAGCGCCGGGACCCGUGUUCAGGGCGCCCAGCAGAAUGGAUGUGUUUGGGAUUGCAGGAUUAGGUUUAUUGAGCCAUCUCCUAGGGGCAGGCAAAGGGGGACAGCCUGGACUGUGGCCUCCCUCACACAGCCUUUAGCCAACCAUCUCCCCAAAACUGCUGGUCUUACACCAACCGCUUCUAAUUCCACUCCCCCCCCUUGAAUUUGUUUGAUCUCUUCUGCAAAGGGCUCCCUUUCCCCACUGCCCGUGUUUGUGCCAGCAGAGCGCUUCUCACACCCUGCUGAGCUGAGCAUCCCAGCCCCUGCAAGGGCCCAAAUUUCACCAGAGCACCUGGGCCCCUUGUUUCCUCUUGGGGAAGUCCCCUGCAGAGCAGCCGAGGUCUUUUGCAAAUUGUGCAGGAGAAAUUAAAAGGAGGGCCAGACCAAGUUGUUUGCUGGGUGCCAUUUCUGCUAUAGUUGCCCUUUUGUUUUGGUUUCUCAAGUGAAGAGCUCUGAAUGACAGCGGGAUGCUCCCAUGUUUGGCACAGGGCAGGCACCCAGGCCCUGCAGGACGAGCACGGCUUCAACUUCUGCUUCCCACUGGAGCUGAGCGGUUUCUGUUAUCUGCAUGUGCAAUGUGAAAGCAAACAGGUCUCUCCUUUUUGCAUAGUUUGUUUAGGAAAAUAUGGUCUAGAGAUAGGUGAGCUGAGAGAAGUUGUGUAAACAAGGUCUAGCUCGCCUGGAGGUUUCAUUUUCCAUUUCCCACACAGAGAGAAGUCGUGGUCCAGGUGCACAACUCCAUGUAGUGGAGGAGAUCUACUCACUGCUUGCAUGGUUGUCUUAAAGAUUGAGCCAGCUCUGCCCCUUUCUACACACCCCCAUGCCUUGUGCCCCCAAAGCCUUUGUCUUGGGGUCAGAGCCAUGAGGAGUCCUCCGGGAAAACUCCAUACAUGAGCCCAUAGCUCGGGGGUGACCAACUUUCGGUGCCAGAGCUGCGUGUGACUUCCAGACACGUUGAGGGCAACCCUGGGGUGGCUGCUCUGUGGCUGUGGUGCUGUGAGGGUAUCCGGGUAAUCCGAAUUCGGGCUUGUGGGAACAGUCCAGCUGGAAAUACAAAUGUCCUCUUACUGUUUUGGUUGAUGGUUAGUUGUAAUUGGGGCUCCCAGCUCUCCUAGUCCCAUGCUGCGGUCUUCAAAGCCCUUUUUUCCUCCUUCCUGCUCAUGCAUGAAACUCUCUGCUGUUGUUUUCAGCUUGAAGAUCUUCUUCCUGUUGUCGCCCAUGUUUGAUGGCAAAGUCCCUCACUGGCACCACUACAGCUGCUUCUGGAAGCGGGCUCGAAUCGUGUCCCAUGCAGACAUUGAUGGCUUCCCUGAGCUCCGGUGGGAAGAUCAGGAGAAAAUCAAGAAAGCCAUUGAAACUGGAGGCCCUGGAGGAGGAAAAGGAGGGGAACAGGAAGGAGGUGGCAAGGCUGAGAAGAGCCUGAAUGACUUUGCUGCAGAAUAUGCCAAGUCUAACAGAAGUACUUGCAAAGGCUGUGAACAGAAAAUAGAAAAGGGCCAGAUCCGGAUUUCCAAGAAGAUGGUGCAUCCUGAAAAGCCACAGCUGGGAAUGAUAGAUAACUGGUACCACCCGGACUGCUUUGUGAGCCGCCGAGCCGAGCUGGGCUUCCUCCCAGCGUACGGGGCCGCCCAGCUCCUGGGCUUCAGCAUCUUGAAAGCUGAAGAUAAAGAAACUCUGAAGAAGCAGCUCCCAGCUACCAAGAGCGAAGGAAAGAGAAAAGGAGAAGAGGUAGAUGGAAAUGUGACUGCAAAAAAGAAACAGAAAAAAGAAAAAGAGAAAGAAUCAAAGCAGGAAAAACAGCUGAAGGAGCAGACAGAGCUGAUCUGGGGCAUCAAGGAUGAGCUGAGGAAGGUCUGCUCCACUAAUGACCUGAAAGAGCUGCUGAUCGCCAACAAGCAGGACGUGCCUUCAGGGGAGAAUGCUAUUUUGGACCGAGUAGCAGAUGGGAUGGCAUUUGGAGCUCUGCUUCCCUGCGAGGAGUGUAAGGGGCAGUUUGUGUUCAAGAGCGACGCAUAUUACUGUUCAGGGGAUAUCACUGCCUGGACUAAGUGUGUAGCUAAAACGCAGACUCCCAACAGGAAAGACUGGGUGAUCCCAAAGGAGUUUCGGGAAAUCCCUUACCUGAAGAAAUUUAAAUGUAAGAAGCAGGACAGGGUAUUCCCUCCAGAUGCUGCAACUGUGAACUCUGUGCCUCCUCCCUCUGCAUCUGCUCCUUUGACAGAGACCGUGUCCGCACCCAGAGACAAACCACUGACCAACAUGAAGAUCCUGGCUCUUGGAAAGCUGUCAAAGAACAAGGAGGAGGUGAAGAGCAUUGUGGAGGAGCUGGGAGGAAAGAUGACAACAACAGCUAAUAAGGCCACCCUGUGCAUCAGCACACAGAAGGAUGUGGAGAAAAUGAGCAAGAAGAUGGAAGAAGUGAAGGAGGCCAAAGUCCGUGUGGUCUCAGAGGAGUUUCUUCAGGAUGUGAAAUCCUCCAGCAAGGACUUUCAGGAGCUUGUGUCUCUCCAUGCACUUUCGCCUUGGGGUGCAGAGGUGAAAAUGGAGCACGAGGAAAUGGCCGUGGAUGGGAAAUGCAGCAAGCCCCCAAGUACGAAGAGUGCUGGGAAGGUCAAAGAAGAACAAGGACCUAGCAAGUCUGAAAAGAAAAUGAAGCUAACGGUUAAAGGUGGAGCAGCAGUAGAUCCUGAUUCUGGUUUGGAGGAUUCUGCUCAUGUCUUUGAAAAAGGUGGAAAGAUUUUCAGUGCAACCCUGGGCCUAGUAGAUAUUGUGAAAGGAACAAAUUCUUAUUAUAAACUGCAGCUGCUAGAGGAUGAUAGGGAGAACAGAUACUGGGUGUUCAGAUCUUGGGGUCGUGUGGGUACUGUAAUCGGGAGUAAUAAGCUGGAGCAGAUGCCCUCAAAAGAAGACGCCGUUGAACACUUCCUGAAUUUGUAUGAAGAGAAAACUGGCAAUUCUUGGCAUUCAAAGAACUUCACUAAAUAUCCCAAAAAAUUCUACCCGCUGGAAAUAGAUUAUGGGCAGGAUGAAGAAGCUGUCAGGAAACUGACAGUGGGUGCCGGGACUAAGUCAAAACUUGCUAAGCCAAUCCAAGACCUUAUUAAGAUGAUCUUUGACGUGGAGAGCAUGAAGAAAGCGAUGGUGGAAUUUGAGAUUGAUCUGCAGAAGAUGCCAUUGGGAAAACUGAUUUCUGACAGUGGUUCAGAAUCCCAGAUCUUGGACCUCUCCAACCGCUUCUAUACUCUGAUCCCUCAUGAUUUUGGGAUGAAGAAACCACCUCUCCUAAAUAACUUGGAAUACAUCCAGGCUAAAGUGCAGAUGUUGGACAACUUGCUUGAUAUUGAGGUUGCUUACAGCCUUCUCAGAGGUGGAAAUGAAGAUGGAGAUAAAGACCCAAUUGACAUCAACUAUGAGAAACUUCGAACUGAUAUUAAGGUUGUUGACAAAGAUUCAGAAGAAGCCAAGAUUAUUAAACAAUAUGUGAAAAAUACUCAUGCUGCUACUCACAACGCGUAUGAUCUCAAAGUCGUGGAUAUCUUCAGGAUUGAACGUGAAGGAGAGAGUCAGCGUUACAAGCCAUUUAAGCAGCUUCAUAAUCGCCAGCUGCUCUGGCAUGGUUCCCGCACCACCAACUUCGCUGGUAUCCUCUCACAGGGUCUCCGGAUAGCUCCCCCUGAAGCUCCCGUGACUGGCUACAUGUUCGGGAAGGGCAUCUAUUUUGCAGACAUGGUAUCCAAGAGUGCCAACUACUGUCACACAUCUCAAGCUGAUCCCAUAGGCUUAAUACUACUGGGAGAAGUUGCCCUUGGAAAUAUGUAUGAGCUAAAGAAUGCUUCUCACAUAACAAAAUUGCCCAAGGGAAAACACAGUGUGAAAGGCUUGGGCAAAACUGCACCUGAUCCCACAGCCACUACCACCCUUGGUGGUGUAGAGGUUCCCUUAGGGAAUGGGAUCUCAACAGGAAUUAAUGAUACCUGUCUUCUGUAUAAUGAAUAUAUUGUGUAUGACGUUGCUCAGGUAAAUCUGAAGUACCUGCUGAAACUGAAAUUCAACUAUAAGACGUCACUCUGGUGAACAGUAUUUAGGAGCCCUGUUAGAGUUAUACUGUAGUUACACUAUAGCGUUGACUUCUGACAUGCUUACGCAUUGACUUCUCUUACCAAGGUAUCAAGAGCUAAACUGCAGAAGAGGUUACUAAAUCCUAUUUAGUACAACACUUAAUGAAAGUUUUAUAUAAAUGUGUGGCAACACAUGGACCUGAAUUCUGAUGAGAACGAGUACCUGGUUUUGUUUUAUACCGCUUCUAAUCAUGGGGCUUUCAAGUGUUUCUUUUAAUUGACCAAACUGACAAAAAAAAAAAAAACAACCCACAAGCUUGUGGUUUUAGCCAAACAGAGCUGGGCAACAGCAGGAGAAGGAACUUGAGGAUGUUUGGCGAUAUUUGCUCUGUUAAACUUCCCUCUUGUUUAAGAUACCCCUUUUCCAUUUUCAUUUGAAUAAAUGAUAAAUGUGCAUUUAUUUUGAGGUAAAAAAUAAAAGCUAAUUUCAUACUAACAGCUUUAUGUUUCAAAAAUUCCAAAUUGUUUUGGUUUUGAGUCAUGAUUUAAAUGUAUUUGGUAGAAUGUUCUUAAACAUGAUAUGUCUCUCUGAAGAUCAAAUGCCAAAUCUUGAAAUCUGUAGUCACGUUUCAGGAAGUCAUGGUGAAAUGAAAAUUUGGACUUUCCACUGAGACUUCAUCUGUCAACAGUUGGUGUGGUAAACAUGGAAAAUUAUCUUGUGGCUGUUUGAAUUUAGUACUAGCCCCAAUAAACCUCCUUUAAAUAUCUACCUUCAAUGUGAUGUAAGUUGGUUGUUGUAGACUGAAGUCCUAACAAAGCUGUAAGUUGAGUUUGGGCUCAAGCUUCACUCACUGUGACCUGGAGUGAGGUAUAUUGCCACGCUGUGGGUAGUCUUGAAUUCCCUGUCUUGAAACAUCAAUAUAAACUAAUAAUUUCAAUGAUCAGUGAUGUUUGUUACUUCUCUUAAACCAACUCACUUUCAGUAAGUCAGUGAGCAAUAUGGAGAGUACUUGACUAUAGUGCAACAUCAGUUUCUUCUCUUUAAAAAUUACUGAUUUCCCUGAGCUGUUAGGGCAAGUUGGCUAAUCCUUAGGGACAGCUCUGCAUGGGCAGUGCAUUCGGUGUCUCCUCCACUGUGACAGUUCCCUUCUCAAGAAGGGACAGUUGAAGCUCAUUCUGAUGGUUGCAGCUCCAGUCUUUGGUAACCUGCGUGGAAAAAAAGCACAUCCAUUUCCUAAAAUGUUGUGAUGCCCCAGCGCCCUUUGAAAGAGGAGCUCCAAGUCAAAGUGGUUGGUUACGGUGCAGCUGUUUCCAGGACCCGUGAAGGAGAGGAGGGUGAGGAGUCAUAGAUGGAAAAGAGAGCAGCUGCUGUUGGGGAGAGAAGGAAAUGUGGAAGGACUGGGUAAGUCAUACGACUUGAGGACAGUUGAACACGAGAAUCAAUUGGGAUUGGUGCUCAUGGAUUUGAGAGGAAGUGAAGAGA